UUAAAUCAAAAUUGCGCUCCUGAUUGGCUGCGCAGCAUCUUCGAUUCCAGAAUGAGAGAUGAAGUCGCUAUAAACGCAUCCCGUCGUGUCUUUUUAGGACGUGCUGUGAGAAAGGAGAAUUAAAAAGCCUGUGCUACUGCGGACAACAUUACUGAGCUGCACGUGCAUGUCUACCUGAGCUGAGGAACGUCAUCUCAACCUCUUUCACUGGGACUGUAGAGGAGAACAGACUGCUGUCAUGAAAUCUCUGCAGCUCGUGUGUGUGUUUCUUCUGCCUCUGCAAACACUCGCGCUGCCGCUGCGCAACAGAUCGAGUUUUCCCAGCAAACCCGGGAAGCUUUCAGAAACACAGGGUGGUAUCGCCAUGGAAACCAUCACCAUUCCUUCAAUAGCUUCGAGUGCCGGGGCAAGAGAGCGCCGUGCGGUCUGGAGGGCCCUCCUGCAUAAAGGACCCCCGUUGAAACAGACCAACACACCGGCCAAUCAAAACAGGGAACAUUUCCGGGAAUAUCGGCACGUCCUCAGAGGGUCACGCAGUUACCCACAGGGUCAGCUGAAGCGUGUGGGAUGCGUCCUCGGCACAUGCCAGGUACAAAACCUCAGCCACCGUCUCUACCAGCUGAACGGACAAAACGGACGGCAAGAUGCACCAAUCAAUCCCAGAAGUCCACAUAGUUAUGGAUAAGACUAGGACUGACCACACAGCAAAAACCUAUCCAAAAAUGUGACAACAGAAGACCACCGACACCAGCGGGCAACCAACUCAACAACUGGCGUAAAAAAUUUACAGGUGUCCUGUCAUGAGAAAUCAAAUUCUCUUGAUCGUUUGAAAUAAAAGAGUUCAAUGUGCUUACUGUAACUUUAA